CUAUUCGGUCAUCAUUUCAACAGCUACUUCUACAAUAUGAGCAUUGAAACACCAGAGACUCUAGGGCCAAAUCAAAAUGGCAAUCCAAAAACAAAUAUCGAAAAACCAAUCAAAACCAGAAACUGGCUGUUAAUCGUUAUUAACUGUGCUCUUGUUGCUUGUGGUGCUAUAGGAGGUCCUCUCUUAAUGAGACUAUACUAUCUUCAUGGUGGUAGUCGUAAAUGGCUUAGUAGUUGCUUACAAACUGCUGGUUUUCCUAUUCUCAUAUUUCCUCUCAUUUUUCUCUAUAUUAAAUCGAAAUUGUCAAAGACCAACAAAGAUCAAACUUCGUCCUUUUAUAUAGAACCAAAGUUGUUUGUUUCAGCUAUUGCAAUUGGAAUUUUGUUUGGUUUUGCUAAUUUCAUGUAUGCAUUGGGUCUAUCCUAUCUUCCGGUAUCAACUUCAUCAAUUCUCUUUGCAACUCAGCUGUGUUUUACUGCAUUUUUCGCAUGGUUAAUUGUGAAACAAAAAUUUACCGCAUUUAUUAUAAAUGCGGUGGUUGUAAUGACUCUAGGAUCAGUCUUAUUGGGUAUUAAUACCAAUGGUGAUAGACCAAUUGGGGUAUCAAAAGCUCAGUACUUGAUGGGUUUUCUUAUGACAUUAGCUGCUGCUGCUCUAACUGGUCUUGUAAUGCCUCUGAUCGAACUUACUUUCAGUAAAGCAACCAGACGUGUUACUUAUUCUACUUUGUUGCAGCUACAAUUCACUUAUUCUCUCUUUGCAACCGGCUUAAACGUUAUUGGGAUGCUAAUUAACAAGGAUUUUCAGGCUAUACCUAGAGAAGCAGAUGAGUUCGAAUUUGGGAAGCACAAGUAUUAUAUGAUCAUAGUUUUGACUGCAAUUACAUGGCAAUUAGCAACUCUUGGAUUCUUCGGUUUGAUUUUGUACACGAGUGCUCUUUUCAACGGUAUAUACGGAUCACUGCUCUUUCCAUUUACAGGGGUAGCAGCCGUCAUAGUUUACCAUGAGAAUUUCACUGGAUUAAAAGGAAUGGCAUUGGCAUUAUGUCUUUGGGGUUUCUUUUCCUAUUUCUAUGGAGAGUACAAGAUGAUGAAGAAAGUGGGCAAUAAUGAAAGGCAUGGGAAAGUCGAGGAAGUUGAAAAUCAGCCCAAAAGAUUAGAUGAUCAAGAACCGCCAUACAGGCUUGUAUGAACAAUGUUUUCCAAGGUUUUCUCUUCCAUGUAAAAUAAAUUUGUAAGUAUAAGCUUUUGUGUAAACUUAUUGGCUUUGAGAUGGAAAAUGCGCGAAAAACCAACCAUAAUGUAAGGAAGAUAUACAUUGGCGGAUUCAGGACCUAAGGUAGAAGGGGGUUAAAAUAACGCAUGUAUGCAACGUAAACAACAAAUAAAAUGGCAGAAUUUGAGCAUUUUUUGUGA